UCUUAUUAUUAGGCAAGGCAAAUUAAUAGAUUUGCCUUGUUGAGUUAAAUCUUCUUUUUGCUUUAUUUAAUAAAAAUUCUCUUAGUUUUGAAAACGCAAUUGAAUAGUUAAAAUGGGGAAUAAAUCGUCACUGUUGCUUCGCCCAGAGGAGAUUGGACAAAUUCAAGAAGAAACGGGAUUUACGCCCAAUCAAAUAGAGCGUCUCUAUUCGCGUUUCACCUCUCUGGAUCGUGGUGACUGCGGAACAUUGUCUCGUGAGGAUUUUCCGCGCAUUCCUGAAUUAGCGAUCAAUCCGCUCUGUGAACGCAUUGUACAUGCCUUUUUUGAAGAUAGUACCGAUGAUCGUGUGAAUUUCCGCCAAUUCAUGAAUGUGCUUGCACAUUUCCGGCCAAUAAAUUCGAAAAAGGAAAACGGUUUGAAUAGCCGUGAAGAGAAGCUAAAGUUUGCAUUUAAAAUGUAUGACUUGGAUGACGACGGUGUUAUAAGCCGCGAUGAACUAUUGAGCAUUUUGCAUAUGAUGGUUGGAGCAAAUAUCAGUCAGGACCAGCUAAUAAGCAUAGCUGAACGCACUAUUCUGGAGGCAGAUUUGUGUUGUCAAGGCAAAAUUUCAUUUGAGGACUUCUGCAAAGCAUUAGAACGUACUGAUGUGGAACAAAAAAUGUCGAUCCGUUUUCUCAAUUAAAUUAGAACACGUUUAAUUUAUAUAUUAUAUAUACAUUCUUGUGCAUGUAUACGAAAAUAGUGGGAAAGUGGCCUACACUUAAUGUUCGCUCUCUGUAAUAGCUGUUAUAGUAUAUUAAAUUGCAUUUAACUUAAAUUA